AUGACUGACCUCACAUUAGAUCAUAAAACGGUUAAUGAAGAUCGUUUUAAAUCUGGUAUUAAUGAAAAGGAAAAUUGUGAUCAAAAAAUUAAGCCUGACUUUUCUAACAAAUUUCGUACUUCAAAAGUUCGGGAGAUAAUGCGUGAAAUUCUGAAGCAAAGUUUGGAUAGCGUCAAAUAUGACUAUGAUCAGAUGCCAGAAAUGACUAAAAUGAUUUCUAACAAAAUUCGAGAUGAACUUCGGAAUCAACUUAACUAUAAGUCGUAUUCCUUUUUGGUCCAAGUUAUCAUUGGUGAACAAAAGGGUCAAGGGGUCAAAGCUGCUUGUAGAUGUUUUUGGGAUAAUGAUACUGACAGUUAUGCGGAGAAUAAUUUGAAGGUUUGGAUUCCUUGGAUUCUUAAGAACAUUUCCUUCUUUAUGAUGAAUUUCCUUAUUCUCAAAUCCCCAAGAAAUUUAUCUCAUUCAAGUGAUAUCAAUGGAUCACCUUCUCCAGACGAAAACUGUGGAACUCGAUUAGAUUAG